AGCAAACGACCAUGGCCGUCGAUUCGAAGAAGUAUCUAGCAGAAAAUGUCCUCAAUGAGCGUCGGACUGUCACUUAUCGGUUACUGAGUCGCGUUCUGAAGGUUCACAGCCAUGUCGCCAAACGAAUCUUAUACGACUUCCAUCACAAUGAAAACUCGAAGAAAACGAACAGCGUGAACGCGACCUACGUCAUUACAGGCGCGCAGCACCCGCCUGAACCUCCUGCGACAAACGGGAAUUCCCACGAAUCUGACGGCGAUGAUAUUAUGCAAAGCAGUCCCUAUAUAAGUAGUUCCAUGCCGAAUCAGGAUGCCGACGCCGACACGGUUACAACCUCAUCUAUCAUACUGGUGCGCGAGGAGGACUUGGAAGAUGCAAAAUUGACAUUCCGGUCAAUCUCUUCUAUUCACGUAUACAGUCUCCAGCCCGCGGCAUUGCAGGAUCUUAAUAUCUUGACGGAUGUCAGCCGUGAGACACUGGCCACCUACGCUCAUGAGGAUCCGCUAGAAUAUGGGAAACAGUGGGGAAUGAUUCAGAACCAGAACGUCAAGCGGAGAACAGGAGCACGACCGCCGCCGCCAGCGGCAUCAACUAAAGCACCUUCCAACAUAACAGUACCCGCAAAGCGACCUUUACAAAAUGAUCCUCCUAAACCUGAACCCUCCAAAAACGAGACCGUCGAGCAGAAACAACCGCCGCAGAAGGAAAUCAGCCAGCCGCCAUCAAAACCUACAGCACAGCCAGCCCCAUUGAAGAAAGAAAAGGGCAACCUAUUCAGCUCAUUCGCGAAGACAAAACCAAAGCAGAAAAAGGAAGAAGCAGCACCUGCGGCCUCGGGUGCAGAGUCGGCCGCAGCCAGUGGCGCAGAAGAUUUGAAUCUGGGUGAUGCUUCUGAGGAAGAGCCCGAAGAGCUUUUCCCCGACAGCGGAAAACCGGCGUCUACAAGUAACCGUGAAUCUAGGAAAGAAAGGGAAGAAAGGCUGAAGAAGAUGAUGGAGGAUGAUGACGAUGAAGAACAAGGAAAUGAUGCGGAUGAAGAAAUGCCCGACAUCGCCGAGCCUGAAGAAGAACUAGAAGAGCCGGCACCUCUUGAUGAACCUCUUCCACUGCCUGAGAAGCAGGAACUCAAGGAAGAAGUCACCGUGCAAGGAGGCCGUCGACGAGGUAAACGGCAGGUGAUGAAAAAGAAGACCGUUAAGGAUGAGGAGGGAUACCUUGUGACUCGCGAGGAACCCUCCUGGGAGUCAUUCUCCGAGGAUGAGCCUGCAGCACCGCCGCCCAAGAAGAAGCCGGCCAUGAAUGUACCCAAGGUCAAGCCUGGCACAAAGCCUGGGCAAGGCAGUAUCAUGUCCUUCUUUGGGAAGAAAUGAUACAAUGUCAAUAUCUUAAUACGAAAAGGAUAGAUGUAUAUUAACAUAUGCACAGUCAAACUCAAGUACCU